AUGGUGCUUCGAAAGUCCAACGACCCCGACGACGUCGUGCCAGCGCCACUCUCCAAAGCGAUACCCCCAUACCCUACAACACCUUCCGACGAGCAUCCGCCUGCGUUUCCUGUAUCUCCAGACCAUGCCGCCGACCCACCCGGUACGAGCAAGUCGCCAGCCUUCAACAUCAAGACGCCAGAAGAGACCCGUCUGCCUGACGACAGACACAACAGCGAUUCCGACUUUAGCGAAGACGAGUGGAACCAGUCCGACGACGACUUUGAAGAUGUCAACCACAACGACGUGCCUGCCGCGUUGAAGCCGGCUGCAGGCAAGAGGCCUCCUGUGCCCUCGACCGCACACAUCAGCGGCGACCUUCCAGAUGCCUUGAAGCCAGGGCCACCAGCCGGAAUCCCAAUCAAGCGCUCGCAGGAGAACAUUUCACCCAUGCCCACCGGUGCCAGUGCGGCCUCAUACAAUGGUAGCACCGUGUCCGAGCAGUCAAACGGAUCCAUUCCGCUGAAGACUAACAACCCAUAUCUGAAGAUGCAGACAACUGGGCAAAGCGGAUGGGGCGAUGAGAGCAGCGACGCCAUCUGGGGUGAUGCGCCGAGCCAGGCACACAAGUACGAGGCGCCUGUAGAGCUGCCGGCGUUCCAAACGCCAAGUACACCUUCCCAUGAGAUGAAGAAUCUAGGACUAGAUGAUCAUCCUCCGCCUGUUCAGUCGAAGCCUGUAGAAGAGCCACCCGUGAUUGCGGUGAACUCGCCCACGCCUCGCUCGGAACACCCGGAGGCGUCUUUCGAUACAAAUCCAUGGGAGCCCGUCUCGCACGAUAGUCGUGCUGAGACUGUAGCAUGGACGGCGCCGCCGCCGCCAGCAGGUUUCUCGGAUACAAGCUCGCACACUGCGCCAGCACCUAUUGUCCCUGAGAAUACGCACGUCAUAGAUUCAACACCUCCUCCACCACACUACACUCCGGACGAGACACGAACCACCCUGGAAGAACCUCCGCCAGCUCUGCCACCACGUAGAUCGCAUGAAGAUAUGACGCCUGCUAUGCCGCCCAGGCCCAUUGAUACAGGUGCGAGCUCUACAGCUGCGCCCGGCCCAGAGUCGCCAAACACUCGGAUGGAAAGGCAGCGGAAAGAACACUACCAGAUCAAGCACAUCCGUUGGCUCGACCAUAGUAUUGAGGACAUGCGUGUUUCGCCCAUUCUGACGCAGAACCUCAACGGUCCAUGUCCUUUGCUCGCUCUCGUCAAUGCACUGGUCCUUUCUACCCCCGCCAGACUCGACACCGCUCUCGUCGAAACACUCCGCACACGCGAAACGGUCAGCCUAGGAUUACUUCUCGAUGCCGUCUUUGACGAGCUCAUGUCUGGCAGACGAGGCGACGCUGCGCAAGCCUUGCCCGACGUGAGCGAGUUAUACAAGUUCCUCCUCGCUCUCCACACCGGUCUCAACGUCAACCCCAUGUUCGUCCCGGACUCGAACAUCCCGAGUGACAACCACGCUACGCUCACGAAUCGAGCUGGCGCAUUCGAAAACACACAGGACAUGAAGCUAUACCGCACCUUCAACAUACCUUUGAUGCAUGGGUGGCUACCAGAAGCUGGAAGUGACGCUUACGCUGCAUUCAACCGCGUUGCACCUAGUUAUGAGACUAGCCAGUUUGUGCAGUUCCAGGAGGAGGAGUUGAAUGCGAAGUUGAGUGCUGGUGAGAGUCUGAAUGAGGAUGAGCAGCAAAUGUUCACGGAUAUUCAUGCUAUCAAGGAGUUUUUGAUGAGGUGGCCAACGCAGCUGACGGACCAUGGUUUAAGAGUCAUCCGUGACAAUCUUCAGCCAGGCCAAGUCGCUAUUUUGUUCCGGAAUGACCAUUUCUCCACACUGUGUAAGAAUCCGCGAAACGGCGAGCUGGUUACCCUGGUUACGGAUCAGGGGUACUCGACACAUGAUGAGAUUGUGUGGGAGAGUCUGACGGAUGUGAACGGUCAGGGCAGUCAGCUCUUCUCUGGAGACUUCCGAAGCGUGGAUAACAGUACGGGCAACACCGGAGCAGUAGUGCAGGAACAGCAGCCGCACGACUAUGACAAUGGACAAGGCUGGACCACCGUACAAGGACGUCGCGGCAACAACCAACAAUCCGGCGUCCCACAAGACCCCGAUGCCACAUCUCCGGAAGCUCUCAGCAGAGCGGAGCAAGAAGAUCACGAUCUCGCCCUCGCACUCCAACUGCAGGAAGAAGAAGAAGAUCGCCAACGACGAGAAACGGAGCAGAGGAACCGCGACAACGCACCUCCACAGCCACCUCGUAAUCAAGGAAAUCCAGUCAUACCUCCACGCCGAAACAACAACAUUACAGGACACAGACCUGCAGGCGAACCCGCUCCUCCGCCCUUGUACGAAGAAGCUGUUCAAACUCCCCAGUACAAUCCGCCAGCAGGACAUCCAGCUAAUCCUGCUGCACCGGUACCGGGACAGGGGGGUAGUGCGUACCAGGCGACUAGUGGGGGGUUGCCUCCACCGCCGGGUAGUGGUGGCCGUCAUCAUUCGGGUUACAUGCCUGCUGGAGGACGCAUGGGUGGGAGAGGAGGCAGUAGGAGACAUUCGCAGGGACAGCAGGGUCAGGGGCAGCAGCAGGGUGAGGAUAGGGAUAAGUGCGUUGUUAUGUAG